AUGACGACCCUCCGAUACAAUAUAAUCGAUGUCUUCUCCUCAACAGCCUACAAAGGCAAUCCUCUCGCCGUAGUAAACAACCUCAACAAAUCCAACACCCUCACAAAGCCACAAAUGCAACUAAUAGCCCGCCAAUUCAACCUCUCCGAAACAACAUUCAUCUGCCCCCCGACAACCCCCACGGCAAAUCUCCGUCUACGCUCGUUCCUCCCAAACGGAGAAGAAGUCUUUGGCGCAGGGCACAAUUCUCUCGGCGCCUGGUGGUGGGCCGUUCACUCGGGGACUUGCGAUGUACCCGAGAAUAGUGAUGCACGUGUCUACCAUCAACAACUCGGUGAUGCAGUUUUACCGGUGGAAGUUUUGAAAUCGUCUGCUGGGGAGAUAAGGAUUUCUAUGCGUCAUGGCGAACCGCGGUUUUUGAAUAGACAUGCCGAUAAAGCGUUGUUGGCGAGGGCUCUUGGAAUUGAGACUGUGGAUAUUGGACUGCAGGGUCCGGAGGGGACUACGGUUCUUGGUGAAGCGCAAGUUGUGACAACUUCGCCGGCUCGACAUCUUUUGAUCCCUCUGCGCAGUAAAGAGGUGCUUGAUCAGGUGUCAUUCGCCAAUAAAGAGCGCAUUGCGCAGGAACUUGCUAGCACGGAGAGUCACAAUAGUGGCGUUUACGUUUUCACGGCCGUGGAAGGGAAAAAUGGUGUCCCGAGAUUCGAGGCGAGAUUCUUUAGUCCAGGGAUGGGCAUGGAAGAUCCGGCUACCGGGUCUGCGGCGGGUCCUUUGGCGGCGUAUAUAUGGAAUCAUGCGAGGGAAUUGGUUUCUGCUGAAGAGGGCGAAUCGAAGACGGUUGAUAUCGAGGUUGUGCAGGGUUUGAAGACUGGGAGAGAGUGUUUGAUGAAGGUCACUGUGGGUGGUCGUGGGCCUGGAAGUAUUGAGUUGUCGGGGACGGGGGUGUUGGUUGCUGAUGGGAAUAUUGCUAUACCUUCAGCAGAUAUUUCAUUUUAA